AUGCUGCAAUCAAUCCAGGAUCUUAUUAACAUUGAUUCGCACAUUAAAGAGGUGAGCUCAAAAAGAGAUGAAUUAGCAGAAAGGCUGAAACAGUUGAAAGAUGAGGAAGAUGAUUUCAUUAACCAAAUGGAUCUUAUCGAGAAAAGGCUAGAUGAUGCAACGGCAGAAAUAUCUUCGAUUUCAAAUAUAGCACAUAUAGAACCACUACGAUUGAAGUACGGUCGUUUGCAAGUAUUAGAUCAGAUUGAAAAUUUGUUCAGGCAAAAGGAAGUGUUUCGCCAUGAAACUGAGGUGAUAGAAGAAAUUGAGAAAGUCUCGACUGAGCAGCUACAGAGUGUUGACUUGGAGCAUCUCUCAACUUUGAAACAGCGAAUAGUAUCGCUUGGAAUUGAAUCCAUGGAAGUGAUAACGCGAUUCAACUCUUUACUUGAAGCGAUUGCUAAGGAACUUAUGGAAAAGUUCAAACAAGACUUAUUAAACAGUAAAUGGGACACAGACUAUUUUGUCAGCUCCAAGAAAAUCAUACACGAUAUUCGUCAGCAAUCUUCAACACUAUUCAAUUUACAGACGUUAUGGUUAGAUGAUUCUAGUGAUGAUAAUGAAAAUAGGCAAUAUUGGAAUUUCCAAGGUAUCUCCCAUAACUUUUUAAUCAAGUUCAUGUACCAUUUUUCCAAUCCAAAGUUUGAGGAUUCAGGUCAGCAAAAGCAGAGUAUCGAGCUUUAUUUCAAAUUCCUUGAUAGAUAUUUAGAAACAAAGUUGUUUCGCUGUAUCGACAUAUUCUGCGAUGAAAAGUCAGGUCUCACAAAGGAAUUCGUUCAUGAGCAAUUCAUCAACCAUACAUUGAAUCCAAUAAGAAAUAAAAUCACCCAAACUUUGUUAAAUAUAUCGGAAAAUCAAACGAAUGAAAACCUUAGGACAAUGAUUGUCCUAAUAUCCCAAAUUUUCAUUAAUGACAAUGCGUUGAUCAAAAAACAUUAUUACACCGGCAUUGGUUUAGUGUCCUUGUUACCUACAAAAGUCCUAGAAGCUUGGUUAGAAUUUGAAUUGGAUUCCACACUAGAUCAAUAUGAAAAAAUUGUAUCCUCUGCUCUUCUUACCAAUGGUGCCGAUUUGGUGAAGCUUUUAGAAAGCAUGUAUCAAUAUUUUGAACCUUGUUUCAAUAUCGAUUAUUAUCAUCUAAACUCGUACAAGCUCCAGAUCGUCAGUAGAAUAUUCUUGGAGCUUGUGAGCAGGUACAACAAAUUCAUAAUAUCGCCAGACCCAGCCUUAUCAUUGCUUCCGGAAGAAAAACAACUGGAAAUCACUUUCUUGAAGCUACACAAUAUAGUUCUUCUUGAACAAUGUGUGUCUGAACUUCGCUUCAAACCAGCAUUUAUUGAGUUGACAUAUAUUUUCAACAAAUUGAGUAACUCGACUUAUCCAAGUAUCUUUACGGAAUCCUUCUCAGCUCUGGAAGAAACAGUCGUGACAGUAAGGGAAUCAAUCAUUCAUAGGUGGAAGAAAAUAUUAAAAGCCUCUCUCAGUCCCUACUUUAGACUCAGCAAAUGGCAGGAGAUUUCUAACCCUCCGGCUCAAUGUUCAACUGAGUUGAUAGGCGCGAUCCAGAAAUCAUCCAAGCUUAAGGCUGAAUUUGCUCUGUUAAAGUUGCCAACAAAUAUUUCUAUUUCCAUUUUCCAUGGUUUACUUACGCAAUGGAUAUUUUACUUGAAAGACUACGUUGUCAAAGUUAAUAACUUCUCUGAAAAUGGAUUAAAACAAGUCAUGCUUGAUUAUGGAGAGUUGAAAACUGUAUUACAACUAGAUGAUGUUCCACAAUGUGUUCAAGAAGAAGAAUUUGAAGAGUUCAUGAAAGUCUUAAGCCUAAAGUACAACGGCAAAUCUCAAGUACUUCCUUUUUUGAGUAAAGGAUAUAUGUCACAAUCCCAAGACUAUCUUGAAGUGAGAGAUGCACUAGGCUUAAAAUACAUUUCUAACUCUGAAUUAGAUUAUGCAUUAUACAAAAUUCUAUAA